GCAUAAAUUAUUCAGCAGCAUCCCACCGACUGUCUGUGAGCCAGUUAUCAUGAGUUACAAAGGGAACUUUAUUUUAGGUUGACUGUUUGUCUUAGGAACACCUGAGAAACAAUAUUAAAUGAAGAAUCAGCAAUAAUAGUUUGUUAUUGCGGGGUGAUUUUUUUCAGGGCUAAAGAAAGCCUGUUUCUCAGCAGUGCCCUUUCACCAUCACCAUCAGAUAGAUUUUUUUUUUUUAAUUUCACAAAGAUGUGGACUUUCCUCGGAAUAGCGAGCUUCACAUAUCUUUACAAAAAAUCCGACACAGUUUUGACUUUCGCUCACAAAGAGCUGGUGAUGGCCGCAGCCUUAUUCCUUACAGUCGGUCUGCUGCUCUCAUAUGUCAGGUACUUCCAUGGCCAGAAGCUCAGACUCUCUCAGGUAUUUAAUUUGCCUCUGAGCCUCCUGUCUUAUGUACCUGUUAUAAACCACCUAAUCCCUCAGACCUCAGCACGGAGGAGCGAGAAAGCAGCGAACAACUACAAACAGAGCCGGAGAACAAGGAAAAGAGUAGAUGCAGAGGUCUCUGCCAGACAAAGUGCCUCAGCCAGUGGCUCCUCUGUGGUCACAGAGCCAGAUGUGGUCAUAGUUGGGGCCGGGGUCCUGGGCUCAGCGAUGGCAGCUGUCCUGGCUCGGGAUGGGAGGAAGGUGACGGUGGUGGAGAGGGACCUGAAGGAGCCUGACAGGAUAGUUGGGGAGCUGCUGCAGCCUGGAGGAUACAGGGCUCUCAAAGAGCUCGGGCUGGAAGGUUCAGUUGAGGGUCUGGACGCCCAUCUGGUGAACGGCUACGUGAUCCAUGACAUAGAGAGCAGCACAGAGGUGGAGAUCCCCUACCCUCAGGAGGAGGAGAGCAUCCAGUGUGGACGCGCUUUCCAUCACGGUCGAUUCAUCAUGGGCCUGAGGAGAGCUGCCCUGGCCGAGCCAAAUGUCACAUUUGUAGAAGGCACUGUGACCAGUUUGCUGGAGGAGGACGGCUGUGUAAUGGGAGUCCAGUACAAGAAUAAAGAAACCGGAGACGUCAAAGAAAUCCAUGCAGCACUGACUGUGGUGGCCGACGGCUGUUUCUCCAAGUUCAGAAAGAGUCUCAUCUCUGGGAAAGCUCACACCUCCUCUCACUUUGUUGGAUGCCUUAUGAAGGACUGUCCCCAGUUUAAAGCCAACCAUGCUGAGCUGGUGCUGGCUAACCCAAGCCCGGUGCUCAUCUACCAGAUCUCCUCCUCACAAACCAGAGUGCUGGUGGACAUCAGGGGAGAGAUGCCACGCAACCUCUCAGAGUACAUGGCUGAGAAGAUACACCCACAGCUACCAGAGCAUUUAAAGGAGCCUUUCAUGGUGGCGCUACAGAACGAUCGACUCAGAUCCAUGCCUGCCAGCUUCCUCCCUCCCUCUCCUGUCAAUAAGCCAGGUGUGCUGCUCCUGGGCGAUGCUUACAACAUGAGGCAUCCUCUAACGGGAGGAGGGAUGAGUGUUGCUCUCAAUGACGUUCGCAUCUGGAGGAGUCUGCUCAAGAACAUUCCAGAUCUAUACGACGACAGAGCCACGCUGCAGGCAAAGAAAAAAUUCCACUGGGAACGCAAGUCAUCACAUUCUUUUGUGGUGAAUGUGUUGGCUCAGGCCCUGUAUGAGCUUUUUGCAGCCACCGACAAUUCUCUUCAUGAGCUGAGAAAAGCCUGCUUCCAGUACUUCAAGCUUGGUGGAGAGUGCAUCGCUGGACCUAUCGGACUUCUCUCAGUGUUGACACCCAAACCUAUGACCCUUAUUGGACACUUCUUCGCUGUGGCGCUGUAUGCAAUCUACUUCACCUUCAAGUCCGAGUCUUGGAGCACAAAGCCCAGAGCUUUAUUUAAGAGCGGAGUCAUCCUGUAUCGAGCCUGCACAGUCAUGUUUCCACUCAUCUACUCUGAACUCAAGUACCUAGUGUACUAAAGAGCGCUACAUCUGGACUCUGAACCAAACCCAGUGUGAGGCUAAGUUGGAAGCAAAACAAAACUUGCAAAAACUUUGUAUUUAACGGUACUUUCUAUGUUUGCCUUCCUCCUGAAAAGGGUACUAUCCUCCUCAACCAUGAUUUACUACUGAAGAUUUUCUACAAUUUUCCCCUGCCUUACUGAAGAUGUAAUUCUCUUAAUGUCCUACUUAAUGCCUUGUUCCAGUUUGGACAUAUGCAAUAAUAACAAAUUAUGCAAUUAGUAUUGUUUGUGCUCACCCACAGUCUGCCCUAUUUGCUAGAGGAUUGCAACAUACUGUACAUUAGCUCGCACCCUUAAUUACACUGAAUAUUCUGUACUGUGGAAUUAUUCCUGCCAAACAGAAUUACCAUGUGGAACAUGGCAUCUGAGUUUUAUAAUUCUGCAAUAGAUCCACUUUUCUGCUGUAUGUUUUCAUGUUGAGCUGAUUAAGGCUGUAUUUAAUACAGGGAUCCAUUUCUUAAUGAUGAUGUAUUUUUAAUAAAAGAAUGCCUAAUUUAAAAUCUGAAGCACUGAUGAUGGAAUGUCAUAAAACAGAUGUUUACAUUGUUUUUCACACAAAACUACUUUUCCUGUAUAUUUUCAGCCUUAUUUUGUUGAGCUAAAGGUUUGCAGGACUUAAUGUUCAGUCAAACACUUUAUUUCCUCUGACUGUUUCCUGCCUUCCUAAGAUUGUUGCUCUUUACAUUCUGCGAUAGGAGACUUUUUGUAACAUUUUUUGGUUUCUACACUAUGAAACAUGGUGACAGUGCAAUGCAGCUGAAUACGAACAAAACUAAUCCCAGAACCCGAGAAGGAUCCCUGCACUGCAUUAGUCCUGCUGGGAGUCAGGGAAGGCCUGAUGCAGUAUGUUGCCUGGGGGAAGUUUGGGUUUGACUGGGGCUAAUGUCCACAUCAGGAUCAAGUCAGAGGAUGAUGCUCAGGUGUUCUUUCUGCUGAGCUGACUUAGACAAGGAGCCCCUGAAGAGUGAUUCACCUCAGCUGCACUACUGUCUUUACCUGUGCUUGUAUUGGGCUUGAUUGGCCAUUAAAUAAAUCACAUAUGACAUACAAGA